GUAAUGGAAAAACGAUUCCCUCCCGAUUUUGUCUCUCCACUCUUUUCCUCCCAGAAGAAGGCCAUAACGAUAAGAUUGUUCGGGACUGAACUGAUGAUCAACCCAGCGGAAGAUUCUCCGGUGACAGCGCUGUGUGGGGACGUGGGUGACGGGCCAAUCAGGAGCAAGAGAUUCCGGUGCCAGUACUGCGUGAAGAAGUUCAGCAACUGUCAUGCUUUGGGAGGUCACCAGAACGCUCACAAGAAGGAGAGGCUGAAGAAGAAGAGGCUCCAAAUGCAAGCCCGGAACUCCAGCCUCCACCGUUACCUCCAAAAUUACUGCUCUAAUUCCAAUUAUACCGUUCUGUUCCCACACGAUUGCGAGGGGUCCCACUGCAACAUCAGCUUCAGUACAUCUGGCCGUGAUGGCCACGUGGAGCCGUUUGAUCUUGAUCAUGAUGAUGGCCGUAGGAUUUCCAGUUGGCGUGGAUCCGCAGCACCUGAUUAUAGCCCAUUUGGCCGACAAUAAAUCCAUGCACUUGGAUGCUCUAAAUCCUUGGAUCUUCGGUAGAGGACAUUACUGAUGAAUAUUUUGUCAAUAAUAUCUUCAUUUUAGAUCUGAAUCUUUGAUAGGAUCUACUAGAGAUUUAUUUUUGUAGCAGAA